GAUUAAAAAAAAAAAGAAGUCUAGAACCAUACCGACUGUAGUGAGAGAAGUGUGUGGAGUGACCUCCUCUUGCUACCUGUACUGUCAAAAGUUAUCGCCCUCAGAACGUGAGCUGUGUCGGUCAUUUCUUGUUUUAAUGAAUAUCAUUAGCCCAUGACACGGUCUGGGCUUGUCUUGAAAACUUUUGAUCAGCAGACCUGGGACUUUGGCCAGUGAUGAGGUGAACCUCUAAAUCUAAAACCUACAAAACCUAGUGGGAUAGAUGUGGAUUUCAAUGUUCACAGUUGCUUACAGCAGUGCUUAGUUUGGGGAAUGUGAUAAACACUUGAGUUCAAAAAAAGAGUUUCCAUAGUUGGAAGGACUUUUGAUUUAUGAUAUAUUUAGCGAGCUGGAUAAACUGGUAACCUGGCGAUAAUGAGCUGGAAGCUGUGAAAAUCAAAUUGACAAGAAAAGCGAGUAAUGGUCACGUGUCAUGGCGCGUCUCCAGGGACGCCAGGCCUCGUAAUGCUAUAAUAAUUUGACUGAUCGCCACCGCGGCGUGCCGAGGGAGUCUACUCCUCAACGUGAGCGGUAUCUCACAGACCAGCCUACUCAAAACUUAGAAUUAACGGAAUCUCAGUACAGAGAUCUGUUUCCAACACGCAAGGAAUUGUGAAAAGGUAAAACGAAACGAAGAUGCAAGGGACGUAACUCUUCCAUCGCUUAAAAAAAAAAAAGAGUUAUUCGUCAAUCUUUUUUUUUGUUUGUUUCUUUGUCCCCCUUUCGCAUGCGACGCUGCAGUCAGGUUUAACAAAUCCAUUCAAGACAACUAGCUGAGUGGUCGAGUCUUGCAUCGAAGGAGAAAAAAAAACACAUUUAUCAAUGACGUCAUUGUAAAAAUAUAAAGAAUUUUUUUUUUAAUGUGGAUAAAGCUAUAAAUAAGUUUUGCUUGUGUUAUUUUUAUCUUCUGGAUUUCCCGAUAACCAACACAAUGCCAUCCGGAUUAUAAUCAAUUCUUAGAUUAUUGUGAGUUCGUGAUUUCUUAUUUUUGGAUACAUACAAAUGGUUUUUUUUUCGGAAUUUGUUCUUCACCAUGUCAUUAACUCUUUCUCUCCUAACUGACGAUACCAACGUUGAUUCCACCAGAAUGUGGUAAAUAAUUACGUAGGGAAAGAGUUAAAAUUAGGAUUGUUCCUAUGUUCACGUGAGAGGAACGCCAUUUUUGUGUCGCCCAGGUUUCUCGGUUCACACGUUCCAAAUGAUAUCCUCCAACAUCACCCACCUCGCUCAGGAUGUGUUUCCCCCGGGCUACAACUACACGCCCUUUGUGUUCAGCCCCAACGACACGCUGCAAGGGAUCAUCGCCAACGGAACACAGCAUUUCCUUAGCAACGGGACCAUCACCAAGUCGUCCCGCGCCCCGCCCAAGGUUCCGCCCAUCUACCUGAUCAGCUUCUACACCUACCCAGUUCUGCUGGUUGUCGGGCUCCUGUCCAACAUUUUGGCCUACCUGGUCUUCACCCGAACUCAUUUCAGGAAAGUGCCCUCUGUGCCUUAUUUGGCCGCCAUGGCGGUUGUCGACAGCGGCGCCCUGGUGACGGACUUUAUUCAGAACGGGCUGGUGCAACAUAAAAUUAAUAUCAUUGGCUUGUCGGGCAUGUGCCAGUACGUGACCUACUUCAACUUCGUGUUCAUCUUCCUGGGCAUAUGGUACCCCGUGGCGUUGUGUGUGGAGAAGUUCAUAGGCGUCUACUGCCCGCUGAGGAAGGCAACCCUCUGCACGCCUUUCAGAGCCAAAGUGGUUGUCAUUGGUAUGGCCAUCAUGGCGGGCACCUGCUACUAUUACGUCAUCUACAUGACCGGCCCCAUCACCAUGAACAACAAGACCGUCAUCUGCAGGGAGUGGCGGGAGCUUCGCUUCGACUUCUACAUCCUGAUGAAGCUGGACGUGGUCUUCGUCAGCGUCCUCCCCACCUUCGUACUCCUCUUGCUGGUCAGCCUCAUCUGUUUCCGGGGGUACGAGUACUACAGGAUAUCCUCGGCCGUGGAGCUGUCCGGCAGGGCCGGUCCCACCCGCAGCGCCUCCAGCCGCGGCUCCGUGCGGGUGACCAAUGUGAUAUUCCCAGUGGUGUUCAUUAUGCUUAUUUUAAAGGUGCCUCUGGGAUUCCUGCGGUUCUUCGUCAUGGUGUCCGGCAGCUUCGUCCAGUACGCUCCGGAGCUUCAGCCGGUCUUUCUGUACGUGUCGAGGUUCGAGUGGGCCAUCAAGCUGCACGUGUACCUCAUCUUCUCGCCCAACUUCCGGCGGAGGACCUUGUCUUACAUCUCCAGCAUCGCCUUCAUCCGGUCCAAGCUGACCGGCAGGUACGACCGGAGCUCUUCCGAGGAGCCGGAAGAGGGAGUGCCGAGGAUACAGCUGGCCGAGAGGAUAGAGCAAGGGGCGAACACUCGGGCGUGCCUUAUGUCUUCGGACGUUUGACCAGUGACCUUGACCUUUGUGGGAAUUAGGCAAAACUUUGCUUUGGCUGUGCUGAGCAGCUUCGACUACAUUAGGCUGUGCUACAACGCCGAGACGCCCUCCAGCUGUGCUACGCCACUUCGACGUCAUUCAUCUGUUUAAUACGGCUGCUAUGUCCUUAAUCUUUGUUGAAAAGUUAAGACCUCCUGAAUUGACGGCCUCGUGAAGAUGUCGUAAUCGUUUAGUGAAUCGCCAGGACAAUCUCAAACCAACUUCAAUGGAUAUUGAAUGUCAAGUAAUGACCUGCUGCGUCCAGUGAGCCCACGUCUACCUUUAUCAUUAAUAGCUCUCGAAAUGGGUUCGUAGUUUGUUCAGUUCACAAGCUACAACCCAAGCUACAACACAAGCUACAAAACAUUUUGAUGCCUCAAUGGAGAGAGUGUGUGUACAGAUGUGUGCUUGAGUGUAAACUUCCUUUCAAUGGCUGAGACAUGUACACUAUUGUGAAAGUGUACUCUUAGUGGAAAACACUAUACCUGAUGAAAGUGUACUCUUAGUGGAAAACACUACACCUGAUGAUAGUUCGUACUGAGAAUAUUUUCUGCUGUUGUAUAUUAUUUUUGAUGUUCAUAUAUACAUAUAUGUAUAUUUAAACAUUUUAUUUAUCAUAUUUUUUUCUUGUUAUUAAUUUCAUGUAUUUUAUAACACUACGUACUUAAAAACAACUAAGAUUGUCAAGAUAUGGGCCCCUAGCAAUAGACGUCUGCUAAGUGAUAUCCUGUGUAACUGGUUCCUCCACUAACUCAUUUUCAGUCUCCCACGAUCACAUAGGUAAAAAAAAAACAAGCCCAAAUACUGACCAAUACUAUACCAUAGAUCUAGCUGCCAUGACGCUAUAGAAUCUACCUUUUUUGUACAUAAAUUUUAUUUCUGUUCCUAAAUUUUUAUGUUUCUAACUACGCCACAGUCACUAAAUAAGCGCUACAUUAAAAAUCUUAAAUGUACGCGCUAAGUAUUCAAUCUAACUCAUAACAAUACAUACACACAAUAAAAAUAACAUAACACACAAGUACAUACUCAGCAGACAAGUCAAUGUAACAAACAAGCUAACCAAAAGUGGCUGGAAAUCUUAAGUUUCAAAUUUUAAAUCUCAGUUUUUAAGCUGAAUACAUUAACCAGUGUCUCCCAAACAGUGUUCCGCGGAAGCCUAGUGUUCCUCGAGGCCUGAAUAAGUGUUCCUCGAACUAUAGGAAUAAUUAACUUGAAGGCCACCACGUGAAUUAAUCAUUAAUCUAUCUAAAAAAAAAAUAAGCAAAGUGUUCCGCUAAAUACUCUGAAUGUGUGAAGUGUUCGGUUAAGAUGAAAGUUUGAGAACCACUGAAUUCACAAUAAGACAAAGUAUUUGAAAUGACUUGUCCAUAGAGUUUCAGCUUAAGUCAUUACUUCUAUCAUAAGCUAGUAAAUACUUGUCACGAAAUCUUGCCCACUAGGAUUCAACGAUAGAUUGAGGCGCAGCGACCUAUUCUCAAGUCCAUCAUCCAGAUUUGCUCACGAAAAUUGAAAGAGUAACCAAAAACCAAAAUCGCAAAAUUUAAAAUCUAUAUUCUGGAUAAAAAUUACUGUGAACGAAGGCAAUAAAAUAAUUUAAAAUCUCAAAAAAAAAAAAAA